CAGCCGGCGAGGUGGACCACAUCUUCAAGAAAGUAGUGCCAGAUUAAAGUUCGAAAAGGAGUGCCCUGACGCCCGAAAUGCAGUCCCAGUAGCAGGUUGCGUCGGGGCCGCACUUUGCCCGACUGGGAGCGUCACAACUCAGGGCGGAUCCGCGAAAGGCAGCAGGCCACUUUGCGUUGCGGCUGCUCAUUUUUCGUGAGUCAGAGCCGAGUGAGUGAAUUCGCGUGGCAUCCCGCGCUCCCUCGAGAGAGGACGCCAGCGCACCCCCUCGAUUCUACACUGAUUGAGCUGCAGCUUUAAUUUUGGAGUGGCUGUCGUGUUGCAAGCUUCCGCGAAUCAAAAGAAAGAGGCUCACUCCAGAUCCAGAUGGCGAAGAAAAGGAAGAUAGAGAAACAUCAAACUAUGGAUGAGAUGGAGGAGAUUUUAAGACAAGGUGAGGCUCAAGGUCAUCCAAAAGGUCCAGCGAAUCUUGGUUUCUUUCAGUUCGAAUCAGGCAAAGGAAAUGCAGACAACGUGUUCGUUCUUGUCGUCCAUUACGAUUUCCAAAACACGACGAAAUUACGAAACUGUGAUGCGCGAGACGUUGAGAAACUGGAAACGACCUUUGGAAAGAACCGGAACUGUAAUUUCCGCAGCCUUUAUAGACCGAAAAAGGAAAUUGUGCUCGAUCUUCUCGGCAGCCAGGAAAAGCUCUUGCGGUUUUUCUCCUCAAAAGACAAAAUCCCGUCGGUUUUCGAGCUGUACUUCCUCUCUCACGGCAACGAAAAUGGAGUCAUCUACACUGAUUACUGGAGCAAGACACUCAGUGAUUUUAUUUCCUUCACGACAGAAGACGUUUUCAACUCCCUGAAAAAACUGCAUGGAUUCGAGAAAAGCUUGAAGUUUGUCAACUUUGGCCCGUGUAGGGGAAAUCUAGACGACGCAAAAUUCGACCGAAAAAAGGAUUACAAGGACUACGAAAACAAAAACUCUUGCCGAAUCACGUCGGCUCCUGAAAUGCCCAACACAGUCAUCGUUUAUUCAACAGUCGAGACAACCAUGGCUAACACAAGUGAACGCGGUUCCUCGUUCGUGAACAGCAUGUGCGAUGUCUUGAGCCAGAUCAACGAGGAUAAGCCUUUGUUGUUAUUCCUCACGUCAGUCCAGCACAAAAUGCACAAAGCAUCUAUCGCCGGACCAGACUUCGCAACAAACCUUCAUCUUGGUCAGACGCCAGAGGUCAAAAUGUUCUCAUCAGACACAAGCUUUUCCUUCUCAAGGUCAUUGAUAGCUGCAACAUCUGUUUCAAGAACUGAUUCGCGCAUGGAAAAAGCAGCAACAAUCACGUCAACGUCUGAAUUUUUCUCUUGGAAGUCGGACGAAGGACAAAACAUCCGAGGGCGGCGAGCCUUCAUCUUUUAUGAACAGCAAACAAGAGAAGUUGAAGAAACGGAAAAAGCUCUGCGGCAAAACUUGGAUUUUGAUACAAGACUUUGGAAGUGGAAAAAAGAAUCUUUGGACGUUUAUUUCAAUCAAGUUCGCGAGAUGGAGCAUGACGUCGGCUGCGUUUUGACUUGCAUUUUCGGCCAAGUGAGCGAAAAAGAAGAAGUUUGCGUGCUUGUGAACGGAGAAGAAAAACCAAUUGCCGACAUUUUACACGGAUUUAUCGGCCCGAAAAAUGACAAACUGAUCGGAAAGCCGAAAAUCUUUUUCAUCGUUGACCAAAAGGCGCAGGAAUGCGAUUCUCACAAUUCAUCAAAGAGCAAAUUUGAGGUGUCCUCAACGAACCACAGCGGCUGGCUUGUCAUGAUUUUGAAGGACAAAGACUUACUGGAGCAAUUGAUCGGAAUCUUUAAAGGAGAUGAGCUGAAAAAAGGGAGAAGUUUGCAAGAGCUUUUAGUGCCACUGCUUUCAACUGGAACUAAAAAAGAGUUAACUCUGCUUAACUCGACGCUUCAGUACUUACUUGAUUUUCCCGACUGGCCGAGGACUUUCGUAAAACCCGAUUUGAAGUUUAGAGACAACAGGAAAAAGAUUUGCUUCGAGGAUCUGAUCGGAGAGGCGAAAAUGUUGCGAGAAAACCAGGUUUGGCAGUUGAGUUCGGUGGCUGGCGCAGGAAAAACGACCGUUCUCAAAGAAAUCGCUUUCCAAAUCGGAAAAUCGGAUCAAGACGCGAGAGUUUUGAAUAUCUCCUUAAAUAAAAACUUUAAAACAUUAACAAAACCUCGAGUGGAUGCAGUCGAAUUUCUAGCAAAAACCACAGGGAAUUCCUCUGAAGACAUAAAAAAUUGGAUUGCUCAGAAAAAAGUAGUCGUCUUCCUGGACGGUUUCGACGAAACUUGUCCGCACAGCAGGGACAAAGCUCUCGGAAUAGUGAGGGCUUUGAAAGAAAAAAGAGUUCCACUCUGCGUGGCAACGAGACCGCACGAAGCGAAAGUGAUCGAGGAAGCGGUUGGCAACGCUACACUUGUUGAAAUAGAGCCAUUCGAUGAAGCAAAGCAAAUCGAGUUUCUGCAGUCUGUGACCGAUAUGAACGAGGAAGAAAUCAAAAGAGUACUUCAUGCCGUCAAGCAAAUAGGCCUUUCAAGAAGCUCUAUAUAUCCAUAUUACGGGGACAAUAUCCUGGUUAACCCGCUGCACCUGUCGUUAGUUGCUCAGAGCAGCAGCGAAGGAAAUUUAUUCCAAAUUUACGACAAAGUGGUGAGGAAGAAGGUACAAAAGGGUUUGGAGAGGAAAUAUGGCUGCAAACAAGUGGAAGACGAUAGUAUUGACAAAGAACUGAUCCCUCUUCUGUUGAUCGCGUUUCGCUAUAUGAAUAACGAGCCGCUUGUCGGGGAUGGAGUGACGAGAGAAGAUUUGGCGAAGAUGAACGACUAUGGAGUCGCAACCGUGGAGCAAGAAAGGGUCACUUUCCUCCACCGGACAUUUGCUGAAUUCCUUGCUGCCCAACAGUUUUUGAAAAACGUGGAAGAGUCAGGCAAUUUUGAUUUUGAAUUUAUUGGCAAAUGGGAUAUGGAAGAGGUCAGAAAGUUUGUCGAUCUUUUCUACUCGACUUUGGAAAACGAAGAAGAGAUCGAGUUUCACACGCAAUUAAUCGUGUCCCAGGCAAUUUCAACUAAAUCGGGUCCGUUUUUGCGAAAAGUUUGCGAGGAAAACCUCAAGCAUAUUUUUAAAGUGUUGAAGCCACACAUUACUUUUUGUGACGAGCAAAUGGAAAAUUAUUCCUUUUUCCAGGAUCAUGCUAGAAUACCUAGUUGUAUAAAACACCGUUCUUCCAUUUGCGUGAAUUACGCUAUUGAAUUGCUGGUCUAUUCGAUAAGAAGCGAAGAAAUCUUCACCGAGCUGUUGGAAAUGAACGCCAUCGAUUCACGAACCUUGGAAAAAAACAUGGAUGCGGUCCUCAUAGAAAUCGCCCGUUACAACGCAAUCUCCGUGUUCAACCAGCUAAAAGAGACUUUCCCCAACUUCGUCGAGCUGCUCAGAAAAUCAAGUUCCAUCGCCGGCGCCGGUUGCACAGCGGUUCAUAAUGAUAACGAUGAGAUUCUCGAAUUGUUGCUGGAAAACGGAUUUGGCAAAGAUACUUUAGAACCUUUUAUGUAUGGAUACACCCUUUACUGUGCUUGCGCAUGGGGGGAACUCAAAUGCGUUAAAAUUCUCCUAAAACACGGCGCCAAACAAGCCAUUUUUGAUAAUGAAAUUUGUGACCCUUUGAACGUAGCUGUGGAAUAUGGCCACCUGGAUAUUGUCAAGCUUUUCGUGGAGGAAGAAAUUAGCAGAUUGGCCCGAGAUAAGGUGACGCUUGAGGCAAAUAUUUUUCAGACAGUGAAGGAGUACAAUGGCGAUUUCAACGCUUUCCACUGUGCCAUCAUUUACAAUAAAAAGGAAAUAGCUGAGUACCUGCUCUCAAAGAGUCCAGCCUUGAAACACAUCCCGACAGGAAAGGAGAAAAAGAGUCCUUUGCAGCUGGCUGUGGACCGUAGAUUCGGAGAAUUCGUGAUCUGGCUGGCGAGAGAAGUUGACGACGACCUGAGUUCUUUGAUUCCGAACGGAGAGCGACAAGAUUUGACCGAAGACGAUCACUUCAUCUACGACCACUUCCUGCUGCUGCAAGGCGACCUGACGAGAUCGGACGAGCGAGGCAAAACCGCUCUUCACUGCGCCGCCCAGCACGGACAUUUGCAGCUCGUCCGCGAGUUCAUCGCGAAAGGCGUCGACGUGGCUGCCAAAGACGCCGACGGAUGGAACGCUAUGCACUUCGCCUGCAGCUACACCAAUUUCUUCAAUGACCGCGACAAUUCGAAAGUGGUCAAACUCCUGUACAAAACUAAUCCUCGACUGGUGAAAGAAACGACAAAUAAUGGAGAAACUGCACUGCACAUUUUGGCGAGCAAUAACUUCGAACGCUUUCGCGUAUAUAAAGACAAGAUGGAAACUUAUCGUUUCCUUGUGGACGAAGCUGGGGUUGACUUGAAAGCCAAGGACAGCAAAGGCCGUACGGCCGAGGAAGUGGCCGGAGAUCACUAUUACCUUAAAUAUCCUCGUGAAAAUACUAACGGCAGAAAAAUUCGCUCUCUGUGGGACCGAAUAUUUCGCCUCUGAUUUUAAUCGGAAGCGAAACAGUUGGUUUUAAGGAACCCUUCGCUUCCAUCGUGGAACCACCCAGUUCCACGAAGGAGGCGUUUGGUUCCACGGUGGAAACGAUAUACAUAUAAACACAAAGAGUUCGUUUCCUGAAAUGGAACCGUUGUCUUUUUUUACGGAGCCGUUUCGGUUCUUUUUCAUGAUAACAAAUAAGUCUUAUAAUUUUGAAAUGUAUGUCAAUAUGAAUUGAAUAAAAGAGAAAAGGUGGCAAUUUAGAUUUGAAA